GCCAGAACCAGAAGUGUUUUCGAUUCAUACUCUGAAGCUGAAAGUAUCACAAUGGCAGAAGAUACACAAGAAGUCCCUCAACUAGCAUUAGAGGCUGUGAUAGGUUUUAAUGGGCACGUGUUUUCUGGACUUAAAGUACAUCCAGACAAAGAACAUCUCAUUUAUCCUCUUGGCUGCACUGUAAUUAUUAAGAGUCUGAGAAGUGGAAAACAAGCUUUCCUCCAUGGCCACACAAACAACGUCUCUUGCAUUUCCGUGUCUAAAAGUGGACGCUAUAUUGCAUCUGGACAGGUUACGUUCAUGGGCUUUAAGGCUGAUGUUAUUAUCUGGGACUACAAUAAGGAGGAGAUUUAUGCUCGUCUUUUGCUUCAUAAAGCUAAAGUUGAAGAUCUCAGCUUCUCCCCAAAUGAUAAGUAUUUGGUAUCACUGGGUGGGCAGGAUGAUGCCAGUAUUGUAGUGUGGAACAUUGAAAGUAAGGAGGCUAUAUGUGGAAGUCCUGCUUCAGCACAGAGCGCUGGUCACUGCCUCGCCUUAGAGUACACCAACUUGAGUGAUGAAAUCUUUGUCUCUGCUGGAAAUGGAACUCUGCGUGUGUGGGAACUUGAUUUGCUUAACAGAAAGAUCCGGCCCACUGAAUGUCAGACUGGACAGCUCAAGAGAAUUGUCAAAUGUCUUGAGAUUCCAAAUGAUGAUAGUUAUUUCUACUGUGGAACUACAAGUGGAGAUAUUCUAAAAGUGAACCUGAAGACUAGGUUGCUCAACAGCUGUGGCCCUGUUAAACAGAAAUUCAGCAAGGGAAUCAACACUCUUAAAGUCUUGAAGACUGGUGAUAUUUUAGUUGGAUCAGGAGACGGGAUGUUGACUUUGUGCUCAGGAGCCAAUUUCAAAUCCAUUAAGAGUGUUCAGUUGGAAGGAGGGGUGACAUCAGUGACCUUGCGUGGAGACGGACACCAGUUCUAUGUAGGCACAGAAGCAGCACAGAUGUACAGUUUAAGCUACACUGACUUCAAACCAGAGCUCACUGCUACAAACCACAACAGUGCCGUAAAGGAUGUGGCCUUUCCUUUUGGGACAUCAGAGCUCUUUGCCACCUGUUCACACAAUGAUAUACGAGUGUGGCAUUCUGAUUCCUCCAAGGAGCUUCUGCGUAUUACGGUGCCCAACAUAACAUGCCACGCUCUGGGCUUUAUGCGAGACGGAAAAAGCAUCUUUAGUGCUUGGAAUGAUGGGAAGAUUCGUGUGUUCACGCCUGAGAGUGGGAAGUUAAAGCUGAUCAUUCAUAAUGCCCACAGUAUGGCAGUGACUACUAUAGCUGCGACUAAUGACUGUAAGAGGAUCGUCAGUGGAGGAGGAGAAGGACAGGUGAGAGUUUGGGAGAUAUUCCAGGACUCAUAUCGACUCAUUGAGACUAUGAAAGAACACAAAGCCACAGUGAACUGCAUUAAGAUCAAGAGCAAUGACAAGGAGUGUGUGACGGCCAGCUCUGAUGGAGCCUGCAUCAUCUGGGAUUUGGUGAGGUUUGUGAGGAAUCAGAUGGUCUUGUCCAACACCCUGUUCAGUGUCGUGUGUUACCACCCUGAGGAAUACCAGAUCAUCACCAGUGGCACUGACAGAAAGAUUGGCUACUGGGAGGUAUAUGAUGGUUCUGCAAUCAGAGAACUUGAGGGCUCCUUGUCUGGAUCCAUAAACGGCAUGCACAUUUCUGAAGAUGGGAAAUAUUUUGUGACAGGUGGAGAUGACAAACUACUCAAGCUCUGGCUCUAUUCUGAUGGUGAAGUGACCCAUGUUGGCAUCGGGCACAGCGGAAGCAUCACAAAUGUGAGAAUCUGUCCCAACAGCAGAUACAUUGUCAGUACCAGUGCAGAUGGUGCAAUUCUAAGGUGGAGAUACCCACAAACCGCAUAGAACAGUAAAGAAUGCCAUCUUAUUCUAUUUAGACAUAUAGUAGAUUUGUAUUGCACAUAUAUCUUUUAAAAAAGACAUUUUUGAGACCAAGAGGCCCAACAAAACUAAUAUUAAAAUUGCUGUGAGCUAGUUAUUAAAAGCAAACACAUGCCCUUUGUCUUACUAUUUCACUUAUUAAAUAUUACAAAUUCAUUUGGCACUAUAAUCUGCGAAAAAACCGUGUAAUAAACUAUUUAUCCAUAAAACCAAAAGACAAAUGAGUACCUUCAGUUUCUUUUUCUUGCAAGUAAUUGUAUAAUAAAUUAGGUUAUGAAUUUUUAGGAGAUUUAAAGGUACAAUUAAACAAUCCAAUUCCAGUCAUUUUAUUGAAAUAAAGCAGCCUAGAGCCCCAGUUUCGGAGGACUUUUUGUGAACUGCACUGUCAGCUAAUAUAUCACCUGAGAAUCUCCAGAGAGCUGGCGGGGGAGGUUUGGAGAAGCACAGCACUGCGUGAACUUAGCAUCUGGAUGUGUCUGUCCCAAAUUUCCUCUCACCUCCGAGGAACAGUCUCAAUAAUGAAUAUCUUAACCCCUAACUGUAAGACAGUAAGGAUGUUCAACUAUUCAGUCAGAAUAAAUAAUACAGGGGCGAGGAUGCACUGCUCGCUUACACAUUUUGGCAAUAGAAGUGGUUUUGUAAUAGCUCCCUCGAGCAAAAAGAGAUUUAAUUAGUAACAGAAAAUGCAGGUCAGUAUCUUCAGCAUCUUCAAGUCAAUACAAUAUUAUGCCGUGCCUCACAUUCCUUCUCUACCAACAGCAGAGAUUGGAGAAAAGCAAUUCUAUGACCUUGUUGGUGAUAUAAAGAAACAAAGUAACAAAGUCAGUGGGUGAUCACAAUUCCAAGCACAGUUGUUCUCAGUAGUCGUAUAAACAGUAUUUAUCUGCCUUGCAGGCAGGGUGUCCAAUGAUAAAGAUCCCUAACAAAAGGAUAACCUGUAUAGGGUGUCUAAUAAGACUGAAACCAUAUAAGAGGGGAAUGUUUAGAUUAAAUCUGUAAUAUUCUGUACCGCAUUGCUGUUUAUUUUUGUCACUUUUUCCCUUGCUUUUUUGUAUCCUAGGGCUACAGUUACAAUACAUGAAUUUAAUUUAAGACAUGACAAAUUAAUCAUCCACACUCCUAAAAGAAAGUACUCUGGGCUCUUAAUGUUUUAUGAAAAGAUAGUCAACGAUUUUGGCAUGUUUGUGUAUGA